AUGCAAUUCCGCGCUACUCUCAUUGCUUUCGCUCUCGCCACCCUUGCUGCCGCCACAACGACCGUCACGGUAACCCAACCGUCCCCUCCUCAUCCGACCCCGUUGCCUGCCAGUCAGUGUAACACUGGUGAACUCCACUGCUGCAACUCGGUUCAAAAUGCGAAUAGUGGCUCGGACCUCCUUGGGCUUGUCCUUGGACUCAUUGACGUGGUCGUUUUGCCCAUCACCGCCCAGGUUGGGCUCACCUGCAACCCAAUCAGCGUGAUUGGACUUGGAGGCAAUUCUUGCUCUGCUCAGCCCGUGUGCUGCCAGAAUAACAACUUCAACGGACUCGUCGCUAUUGGCUGCACCCCCGUCAACCUCAAUCUUUAG